ACAUCUUGCUCAUUGGUUUAUUAUUGCUAUCUGAAAGAAAGACAACCCCAAGUAGACUUUCACUGUCCAUCUUGAGUGUCAUGACUUCAUGGAAUAUUUUUUUCAUUUCAGACGUAAACUAAUCUAGGACGCCACUGUGCAUUCAUUUUGGGAAUUCUUGAUAACUUGCAGGAGGUUCUUUCUUGGGUUUUAAGGUAGAAACACCCCCUAUUAAGGCGCAGAGUGAAGAAAGCUCCGUCCCACUUGAAAAGAGGCUGUCCUUCAAGUCUCUGCUAUCUCCAGGCUAAGCGUCAGGGAGUCCAGUAGAGGAGUCUUGUCUCGGCACCCAGUGGAGGACAUUCACCGGCUUACUGAGGAGAGGAGGGCAUCUCCACACACCAGAGUCGCCUAUUUCCCCCCAUCUCUUGCAGAUUUGUUCAUGAUCUGCUGAGCCCCUGCUUGAAAAUGAAGAUAAGGCUAUCGGUGGCUUCUGCCGCCCUCCUCGCAUUGCUCUUCACUUCUGUAGCAGCACAAGAAGUGGAGCCUCCCUCAGACUUGAAAUUUAAAAUCCUAAAUGAGAACACAGUGGAGAUGACAUGGAGGCAUCCAACAUCACAGAGAGAUGGAUACAGGAUACAAGUCACAUCAGACACAGAAGAAGCAUUUAGAGAUUUCAGCCUCCCGUCCUCGACCUCCUCUAUGUCUAUUACUGACCUCACGCCGGAUGUGGACUACUCAGUCUCCAUAAACUCUUAUUUGGGCAGAGAGGAGAGUAUUCCCAUUUUCGGCACACUGACAAUUCAGUCAAGUAACACAAGCGGAACUGUGAGGAAAACGUCCGAUGCAAUCAAGUGCUCGGUCAGUGCCAUUGCCGAUCUGGUCUUCCUGGUGGAUGGCUCAUGGAGUGUUGGCCGUGAAAACUUCAAGCACAUCCGCAGCUUCAUCAGUGCUAUGGCGGGGGCCUUUGACAUCGGACAGGACAAGACCAGGGUGGGCAUUGUGCAGUACAGCACCGACACGCGCACAGAGUUUAACCUGAACCAGUACUUCAAGCGUGGAGAUGUCCUCAGGGCUAUUAAAAACCUGCCGUACAAAGGGGGCAACACAAUGACAGGCGAUGCAUUGGAUUAUUUGUCGAAGAACACCUUCAGCGCGGCAGCCGGUUCGAGGAAAGACUUCCCCAAAGUGGCCAUGGUCAUCACAGACGGCAAGUCCCAGGACCCUGUGGAGGAGUAUGCCAAGAGGCUAAGAAACACUGGAGUUGAGAUAUUCGUCUUGGGCAUCAAGGGAGCUGAUGAAGAUGAGCUGAGGGAAAUGGCCUCCAUCCCUCACAACAAACACGUCUACAACGUCCAAAACUUUGAUCUGAUCAAAGAGGUCCAGCAAAAGCUCAUCACAGAGGUGUGCUCCGGGGUAGAGGACCAGCUCAGUUCGCUCGUGAGUGGGGAGGAACUUGUUGAACCACCUUCAAACUUGCAAGUGACCGAAAUAGCCUCCAAGUCAAUGCGCGUUACCUGGGAUCCAUCACCUGGCGACAUCACGGGCUACAAGCUCCAGCUCAUUCCCAUGAUCGCUGGCAGCAAGAGGCAGGAGCUCUACACUGGGCCAAUGCACACCUCUGUCAACGUCAGGGACCUGUCGCCCGAGACUGAGUAUGAGAUCAGCUUGUUUGCUCUCAAGGGUCUGAACCCUAGCGAACCGAUCAACGCCAUGGAGAAGACUCAGCCGGUCAAAGUGUCUCUUGACUGCUCUCUCGGAAUGGAUGUGCAAGCCGACGUGGUCCUUCUAGUGGACGGCUCUUACAGCAUAGGGCUGGCCAACUUUGCCAAAGUCCGGGCUUUCAUCGAAGUCCUGGUCAAAUCCUUUGACAUCGGGGCCGACAAGGUCCAGAUCAGCUUGGUCCAGUACAGCCGAGACCCACACACGGAGUUCAGCCUCAACAAGCACCUGGACAUUGCAUCAGUGGUGAAGGCUGUACAGACCUUCCCCUACAGAGGAGGAUCCACCAACACAGGGAAGGCCAUGACCUACGUGCGGGAUAAGAUCUUUGUUACGGGCCGAGGGGCUCGCCCCAACGUUCCUCGCGUCAUGGUCCUCAUCACGGACGGCAAGUCCUCCGACUCCUUCAAAGACCCAGCCACCAAGCUGCGCGAGUCCGACGUGGAGAUCUUUGCUGUGGGUGUGAAGGAUGCGGUGCGUUCUGAGUUGGAGGCCAUUGCUAACAAACCAUCUGACACGCACGUGUAUGAGGUGGAGGAUUUUGAUGCCUUCGAGAGGAUUUCCAAGGAGCUCACACAGUCCAUCUGCCUCAGGAUUGAACAGGAGCUGUUGAACAUCAAGAAGAAAAGUCUUGUGCCUCCUAGAGACCUCAGUUUUUCUGAGAUCACCUCCAGGAGUUUCCGCACCACCUGGGUGUCCGACCUCGACAAUGUUUUGUCCUUCAUGGUCCGCUUCCGACCCGCUGUGGACGUCACCGGGGACUACAUCUCCAUGAUGGUCCCAGGGAACACCAUGACAACCAUCCUGCCUAACCUCAUCCCCCUCACCACGUACGAAGUCAAUGUGAUUGCCCAGUACGAGAAGGGAGACAGCUUUCCACUCAUAGGCGAGGAGACCACACUAGAAGAACAAGGGACCGUUCAAGACCUCAGCGUGUCAGAGGAGACAACCAGUAGCUUCAGAGUCACGUGGCAAGCGGCACCUGGGGCCGUGGUGCGGUACCUGCUGUCCUACUACGCUGUUUCGGGCACCGGGCAGCAGCUGCAGGCGGAGACGGAUGGCAAGACCACCACCAUCGUGCUGCAGCAGCUUCUUCCUCUCACCACCUACCGCGUCUCAGUGGUUCCCGAGUACGCCUCUGGCAAUGGAGGCGGCAUGGAGAUUGAUGGAACCACCAAGGAAGUGACUGGCUCUCCACGAAACCUGCGAGUGUUUGACGAGACCAUCUCCACCAUGAAGGUCUCAUGGGAGGCCGCUCCAGGAAACGUGCGGCAGUACAGAGUAGCGUACAAGUCGGCCGAGGGGGGUGAGAGGAAAGAGGUGGCCGUGAAGGGGGACACCACCACAGUACAGCUGGAAAAUCUGGACCCGGCCACCGAGUAUGAACUUUUUGUCAGCGCACAGUACGCUUCUGGACUUGGUGACCCUCUGUUGGGAAAAGGCACGACUCUGGAAGAGCUUGGCUCCCCUAAGGACCUGGUCACCAGUAACGUCACCGACACCAGCUUUGUGGCCUCCUGGACGGCGGCGCCUGGCAACGUGCGCCGCUACCGGGUCACCUGGAAGUCCCUCUUCACCAACGAGGCGGGUGAGAAGAUGGUGCCGGGAGACGUGACCACCACGCGGCUGGACGGUCUCACGCCAGAGACGCGCUACAAGGUUUCUGUCUACGCAGCGUAUGGCCACGGAGAGGGGCAGCCUCUGGUGGGAGAGGAGACCACAGAUGUGUCCGCCGCUGCCAGGAUGAUCACCGUUACCGAGGAAACGGAGAGGACGAUGCGGGUCACUUGGCAACCGGCCCCUGGCAGCGUCGUCAACUACCGGCUGACUUACAAGCCGCAGGGAGGCCGUCAGUUGGCCACCAAGUCACCUACGACAACCAUCGUCCUGAGGCGCCUGACACCCAUUACCACCUAUGACAUCGUAGUGGUGCCCGUCUACAGGCACGGAGAUGGAAAAGCAAGGCAAGGAGUAGGAACUACACUGUCACCAUGGAAAGCACCAAGAAACCUGCAGACAUCGGAACCCACCAGAACCAGUUUCAGGGUGACCUGGGACCACGCUCCAGGGGAUGUGAAGGGCUACAAAGUGACCUUCCACCCCAUCGGCGAUGAUAUCGACCUGGGGGAGCUUAUGGUCGGACCCUUUGACAACACCGUAGUUCUGGAGGAGCUCAGGGCUGGAACAAAAUAUAGUGUAAAUGUCACUGGCUUGUUUGAAGGCGGAAUGAGUAUGCCAUUGGCUGGAGAGGAGAAGACCACUCUUAGUGAUGGACCUGACAUUCCAAUUUAUGCAGGAGAUGUGAGCUGCAAGACCCAUGCCCAGGCUGAUAUCAUCCUGCUGGUGGAUGGCUCUUGGAGUAUCGGCCGUCUGAACUUCAAGACCAUCCGGGCCUUCAUCGCCCGCAUGGUGGGGGUCUUUGACAUCGGUAUUGACCGCGUCCAGAUUGGUCUGGUGCAGUACAGUGGAGAUCCAAAGACUGAGUGGCACCUGAACACCCAUAAGAACCGAGCUGAGCUGUUGGAUGCUGUGGCCAAUCUGCCAUACAAGGGAGGAAAUACCCUCACAGGCUUGGCCUUGAACUACAUCCUGCUCAACAAUUUCAAGCCCAACGUUGGAAUGCGUCCGAAAUCCCGUAAAAUCGGUGUGCUGGUCACUGACGGCAAAUCUCAGGAUGACAUUAUCGUCAACUCUCAGAACCUCCGGGAUGAGAACAUCGAGCUGUAUGCUAUUGGUGUGAAGAAUGCUGAUGAGAAUGAGUUGCGUUCCAUCGCCUCUGACCCCGAUGAGAUCCACAUGUACAACGUGGACGACUUCUCUUUCCUGUUGGAUAUCGUCGACGACCUCACCGUCAACCUCUGCAACAGUGUAAAAGGUGGUGGCCCUGCGGCUCCUACUGACCUGGUGACGUCAGAGGUGACACACUACUCUUUCCGAGCCACCUGGACUGCCCCCGAGGGCCCUGUGGAGAAGUACCGCGUCGAGUACCAGACGUUGGCUGGAACACAGGCCCAGCAGGUGCUUGUGGAUGGUACCCAGACCACACUUGUUCUAGAGAACCUGGAUCCGCUGACUGAGUAUGUGGUCAACGUCUUUGCCGUUGUGGGGGAGGAGAGCAGUGAACCUCUCAAGGGCACGGAGACCACUCUGCCUCUUACCGGCGCUCGGAGACUGACCAUCUACGAUGAGCGAGCAACGACCAUGAGGGUGAAGUGGGAGGCUUCGCCCGGUGCCACAGGAUACAUGGUGCUCUAUAGUGCCAUCAACGCCACCAGACCCACACGCGAGGCCGAGCUAAAGACGAAGAAGACGGACAUCCAGCUGAAGAAGUUGAUCCCCAACACGGCCUACACGCUCACCGUCUUCGCCAUGCACGGCGACACUGCCAGCGACCCGCUGACAGAUCAGGGUGUAACCCUGCCCAUGCCCCCGGCUGGAGAGCUGAGGAUCUAUGACGUGACCCACAGCACCAUGAAGCUGAACUGGGACGCUGCCCCAGGCGCCGUACGCAAGUACAUCAUCAGCUACAAGCACGAGGACUCUGACUCCAAGGAGCUCGAGGUUAGUGGAGAUGUGACAACACGGCAGCUGGACAACCUGAUAUCCCAGACGGAAUAUGAUGUCAAAGUUACUCCAGUGUACGAUGCCAGGACUGGCAGCCCCAUGCUUAACAAGGCUACCACAGAUGUUGUCCCUGCCCCCAAGAACCUGCGCUUCUCUGAGGUGACCCAGACCAGCUUCAGGGCCCACUGGGAGCAUGGAGCCCCUGAUGUUGCUCUGUACCGCAUUGGCUGGACUAAGCACGGCGAGCAGAACCUCCAAUAUGACAUCCUGAAUGCGGAGGACACCACCACAGUGCUGGAGAACCUGGAGCCGGACACGCUGUACGACGUGUCUGUGACCGCCAUCUACCCUGACGAGUCCGAGAGCGAAGACCUUAUGGGCAGCCAGCGGACCUUGGCCAAGAUCGUCAUUACUCCGGCCCCCACCGGAGCCGCCACCAACCUGCAGGUGUUCAACGAGACCAUCACCAGCAUGACCCUCAGAUGGGACCACGCUCCUGGACGCCCCACUAACUACAAGAUCACCUACGUACCAGCUGCUGGUGGCAAAUCAGCGUUUACUCAAAUCGGUGGCAAGAAGAACACAGUGACACUCCAGAAGCUCACCCCUGAGACCACAUACGACCUGACCGUGACAGCUAUAUACAGCACCGGUGAAGCCAUCGACUUAAAUGGCCAAGGAACCACAAAGGCUCUGGGUGGCGUGAGGAACCUGCAGGUGACUGAUCCCACCACCACCUCGCUGAAGGUCAGCUGGGAGGCGGCCGAGGGCAACGUGCGCCAGUACAAGAUCUACUACGUCCCAGUCGCCGGGGGAGUGGAGGAAUCGACUCAGGUCAAUGGAAACACCACCACCACGGUUCUGAAGAACCUCAUGUCUGACACCGAGUACACCGUCACCGUGGCUCCCAUCUACAGCCAGGGCGAGGGCAAGAAACUGUCUGAGAACGGAAAGACACUGCCUCGUCACCCUCCCAAGAACCUCCAGGUGUACAACCCCACCACCAACACCCUGAACGCACGCUGGGAGCCGGCCACGGGAGAGGUCCAGCAAUACCGUGUGGUCUACGCCCCCCUCAGGGGAGACCGGCCCUCCGAGUCUGUGCUGGUGCCAGGAAACACUGUGACUACCCUGCUGGAGCAGCUGACGCCAGACACUGCCUAUUCGGUGGCCGUGGUGGCCCUCUAUGGUGACGGAGAAGGCUCCCCCAUCAGCUCCGACGGCAAAACAUUGCCGCGCGGUGGGCCCAGGAACCUGCGUGUGUACGAUCCCACCACUAGCAGUCUGACGGUCAGCUGGGAGCACGCCGAGGGACCAGUGCAGCAGUACCGCAUCGGCUACGCACCAACCACCGGCGAUCCCAUUGAGGAAUUCACUACGGUGCCAGGGAACCAGAACACGGCGCUCCUGCCCAACCUUCAGGCCGACACGCCUUAUAAGAUCAACGUGGUUGCCAUCUACCCAGACGGACCUGGAGGAGAGCUGGCCGGAGACGGACACACACUGGGACUGCUGGCACCCCGUAACCUGCAGGUGUCUGAUGAGUGGUACACUCGCUUCAGGGUGACCUGGGAGGCCGCCCCUGCCAAAGUCAACGGAUACAAACUGGUCUAUCAGCCAACAGGAACUAAUGAUGUUCAGGAGACCAUGGUUGGAGAUGUGACAACCCACCACCUGCACAACCUGCAGCCUGGCACUACAUAUGACCUGAAGCUCUACGCCGUGUACGACGCCGGCCUAAGCAGUGUCCUGCCUGGACAGGGCACCACUCUGUACCUGAACGUGACCGAUCUGAACACAUACAACGUGGGUUACGACUCCUUCUGCAUCAAAUGGACGCCACACAGGGCCGCCACUUCCUACAGGCUCAAAGUCAACCCAUUUGACCCGGCUAACAGUGGUGCCCAGGAAGUGACCAUCACGGCUGCAGAGAACCAGUACUGUUUCGACGGCCUGACACCAGACGCUCUGUACAACGCCACCGUCUUCACCCAGACCCCCAACCUGGAGGGUCCCGGAGUCAGCGUCAAGGAGAGAACCUUGGUGAAGCCCACAGAAGCACCAACUGAGCCCCCAACACCUCCUCCUCCUCCAACCAUCCCUGGUGCCCUAGAGGUGUGCAAGGGUGCUAAGGCUGAUUUGGUCUUCCUCAUUGACGGCUCCUGGAGUAUUGGCGAUGAGAGCUUCGUCAAAGUCCUCCAGUUUGUCUUCGACAUGAUCGGCUCCUUUGAAACCAUCAGUAACGAAGGCAUGCAGGUGUCCUUCGUGCAGUACAGCGAUGAGGCUAAGACAGAGUUCAAGCUGAACACCUACCAGGACAAAGGAAUGGCCCUGGCUGCUCUCCAGUUGGUCCGUUACAGAGGCGGGAACACUAAAACAGGUGCUGCUCUGAAAUACGUUGGCGAGAAAGUCUUCACCUCUGACGCUGGCAUGAGGAGGAACGUUCCCAAGGUCCUGGUGGUCGUGACUGAUGGACGUGCCCAAGACGACGUGAAGAAGAGUGCAAUGAAACUCCAGACCUCUGGCUACAGUGUGUUUGUCAUUGGUGUUGCUGAUGUGGAUGUUGUGGAGUUGCGUAACAUCGGAAGCAAGCCCAGCGACAGACAUGUGUUUGUGGUGGAUGACUUUGAUGCUUUCACCAAGAUCCAGGACAAUCUCAUCACAUUCAUCUGCGAAACUGCAACAUCAACUUGCCCACUGAUCUACCUGGAUGGCUUCACAACACCUGGAUUCCAAAUGCUGGAGGCCUUCAACAUCACUGACAGGACCUUCGCCGCCACCCACGGUAUCUCCAUGGAGCCGGGAACCUUCAACAGCUUCAUCACCUACCGGCUGCACAAGGACGCCUUCCUCUCCGCACCCACAAAGGAGCUUCACCCAGAUGGGCUGCCACCAUCGUUCACCAUCAUCCUGCUUCUCCGCCUCUUACCCGACACCCCGUCGCAGGCCUUCGACAUAUGGCAGAUCGCAGAUGGAAACAACAACCCAGAAGUUGGAGUCACUCUGAACCCCUCCAGCAAAGUCCUCUCGUUUUACAACAAAGACGUCGGGGGAAAGCUUCAGACCGUUUCCUUUGACAGUGACCCAGUGAAGAAGGUCUUCCAUGGCAGCUUCCACAAGUUGCACAUCACAGUAACACCAAAGAGCGUCAAGCUGAACGUGGACUGCCAGGAGGUUGCAGAGAAGGAGAUCAAGCCGGCGAGAAACAUCACAACAGAUGGCUACGAAGUCCUGGGCAGGAUGGCGAAGGCCGGCGCCAAGAGGGAGUCUGCAACAUUCCAGCUCCAGCUGUUUGAUAUUGUCUGCACAUUAGGCUGGACCACCAGAGACAAAUGCUGUGACUUGCCAGCUACGAGAGAUGAGGCGAAAUGUCCGGCUCUUCCCCACUCCUGCACAUGUGCACAGGACAGCAUCGGCCCUCAAGGGCCCUCAGGCCCUCAGGGAUCCCCCGGCACCAAAGGACCUCGUGGAGACCGUGGUGAGCUUGGCCCUGCAGGUCCAGUUGGGCCGAGGGGAGAGGCCGGCCCUGCCGGCGCGAUGGGACCACCCGGUCCACAAGGCCCCGCCGGACUGUCUCGCCUUGGAGAGCCCGGUCGUCCUGGACCAAAGGGGGAUUCCGGUGAUGCUGGAAUUCCCGGCCGUCAAGGUGCUUCUGGUGUUACUGGUCCUGUCGGCCCUCCCGGACCAGGUGGAGCAAGGGGACCACCAGGCCCAGAAGGCCCCUCUGGACCAAGAGGUUCUCCCGGACCAAUGGGCAGCCCAGGAUCACCCGGAAUGCCAGGACCGACAGGACAGUCCGGAAAACUUGGCGAACCAGGACUUCCUGGUGCAGUGGGCAUGAGAGGAGAAAAAGGAGAAAAAGGAGACACAGCAUCUCAGAACAUGAUGCGGCAGGUUGCAAGACAAGUCUGUGAACAGCUGGUCAACAGGCAAAUGAGCAGGAUCGACAUGAUGCUGAACCAGGUCCCGAGCGGGUACAGAAGCAGCAACCCCGGUCCCGCCGGGCCCCCCGGACCUCCCGGCAGCCAGGGCCCACGCGGAGAGCCAGGCCAGGGCGGCCGCAGCGGCUUCCCUGGCAACCCUGGAUUGCCAGGGCAACAGGGAGAGAGAGGAAUGCCAGGAGAGAAGGGGGAGAGAGGAAACCCAGGAGUUGGACAGAGGGGGCAGAGGGGGCCAGCCGGUCCACCUGGACCACAAGGCAUGUCUCAAACAGGCCCCACCGGUCCCCCUGGCCCAUCUGGGGAGCGUGGCCAGGCCGGUCGACAUGGAAACCCAGGCAUCAGGGGACCACCCGGCCCCCCUGGCUACUGUGACUCCUCCCAGUGUGUGGGCAUCCCUUACAACGGAGGAGGCUAUCAGGGUACAGCAUAGUAUGCUUUCUAGAGCGCCUGUGCUGCUUACCGUUUGAAAACCUGAAACAAGCAAGCAAACAAAACAAACCCCCCUGUGUCUGAGAUAGUAGCGCACGCGCUGAUGAAUCCUUAAGGAUAACCACCAUGGACAUGAUGAAUGAACAUUUUUUUGCUGAGCGACGUUAAAAAAAACCCAAGCCAAACAAACAAAGCAUCGAGCAGAGAAACCCAACAGAGGGACGCGGACUGGCACUAACAUCAUCUCACUGCUACCUUUUGUGACAUGAAACGGCAGCGUUGGCAACAUAUGUAACGUACGAUGGCCUGUUUGCAUCCUAAAACUGUAAAGAAACCAAACAACAUUUAAAGGGCUUCCUCUUGUUGACCCUACAGAGCAUGUCCUACCAACUACAUUACUAACAUUGUGGAUGUUGUAGCUGACAUGAGGAAGGUGUUCCGUCGGGAAAUUUUUAGCUGCUAAAUGUCAUUGGUGCUUUUGUAGUGAGAUUUAGUGGUUAAAAAGCCCUUGAGUCCACCCUCCUCUGAGAUCCAACAUUGCAGCCUGGAUUUACAUACCUGUAAAUAAACUAAUUAUGCCUUGUAAAUGAUGUUUGAAUUAAAAAAAGAAAGAGUUGAAAUUGAGAUUCAACGAGUUAACACCUCAACCUGAGCUUGUGCCUUUUAACGCGCUGCUUGCUAACUGCCAACAUAACCUCUUUUUGUUUUCCAUUUUUUUGUUUUUGGUUAUUUUUUUGCCUUGAGGGAUGUAAACGGCCUUUGCUCAGGUCCCCAAAUGUAGCAUGUUUCCUUUUGGACAUGUCAUCAUGACAACAAUUUUGAUUUUUUUUUUUGCAUAAGUGGUGCACAGUAGGUCACAUCUUCACAUCGUUUUUUUGCGUUUUUUUGUUUAGUUUUGUUUUGUGUCUUUUCUAGUUUUAUGUUUUAUUGAUUAAGUUGUUGUUGUUAUACCUCACUAUGGUAUGAGGAUGGGCCUUGAUGGCUCAUAUUAGAGAACCGAUGGCUGAUGCUAAUCAUUACAAGGAUUUAAAAUAUUUGUAUGUAUUUUCAGUACUAUUUUUUACACUACAAAACAGUUUUUUUUAAAUGAGAUUUCUUUUAGGAAAUGUCUCUUAGAAAUUAAAUAAUUAAGGUUUGUAAGUGAGCAUGAAUCCUUUUUGUAAGUUUUAUAUUUGUAAUAAUAUGACAAAAAUGAUGAAAUGUUUCUCCAUAGACUUUCUGAAUGAUGUAUGUUUACAGAACACAUAACAAGCAACAAUGACAGUUUCAUACAUGCAAAAGAGUCCAAACAACUAAGUGUUCUGUUCAAUUGAACACCCCCAACAGCCGCACCCAACAACCGCGUAGUGUCCGAACCGGAGGAAGCAACGGACGAUUUUGAGACAGAAAUACAAUCUCCCGGUUAUUUACAAAACC